AAUAAUUUAAUAUUUCUUCAAAAUCUAAUUAAAUCUAAACAUUCAUCAGCACAAGAACAUUUUAACUAUAGCGAUCAAAAUACUUUAAUGUCUCACCUCAAUAAUAUUGUUACCUUAGAUGAUUUUGAAAAAGCACAAAAUCUAAUCAAUGUUAUAUACAAAGAAACAGGUCAUCAUAGAUCCGUAGCUUCUGAUAUUAGCAUUGUUCCACUUGAACAAGAAAAAAACAGCAUCGGAAACCAUCAUACAAAG